AUGCUCAGUACGUGGAUCAUCAUAGCUUUGACUGUUUACUUGGAAAAAUGCGUUGGCCAAAGUUCUAAAGAUGGUAAUAGUGAGCUGGUUACUAAUACAUCAUCACAAGAAUACAGUCCAAUUAACUAUACACUUCCGGUGUUUUUAUCUACAGAAAUAAUUCCAUCUUUUGCAAAUGUUUAUGGCGAAAGACAAGAACUACAUCUUCAGUCUCCGGUACUUCAAUCUCAAAACCGUAAUGAGUCUCAUCCUAAUUCAGUCAUAGAUGACUGUCAUUUUAUGUCAUUUGAAGAAUGGAAGAAACAAAAAAUUGAGACAAAUAUAUCGAUAUCCAACACGUCUCGGAAUAUUACUGAAGUUUCAAAACCAACGACAAAUGUCACUACAACCAACUCGACAGCGGUAUCCGUAGUUGAAAUCACUGAACAAGAAGGAACCACAUACAAGAACAAGUUUAAUUUUGCAUCCGCUGAUUGUGCAGCCACCAUUGUCAAAACCAAUUCUCAAGCAAAAGGAGCGUCAGCAAUCUUGAAAGAGAAUAAGGAUUCUUAUUUACUAAAUGAGUGCUCAGUUCAAAACAAAUUCAUCAUUAUUGAACUAUGCCAAGAUAUCCUUGUUAGUCAAGUAGUUCUUGGAAACUAUGAAUUCUUUUCGUCAAUGUACAAGGACAUUCGAGUGAGUGUAAGUGAUAGAUUCCCAACACAAAAUUGGAGAGAAUUGGGUCAAUUCACUGCUAAGAAUAUUCGAGAUGUGCAAAGAUUUGAUAUUGCAAAUCCAUUAAUUUGGGCCAGGUAUUUGAAAUUGGAGAUAUUGAGUCAUUAUGGAAAUGAAUUUUAUUGUCCGAUAUCAGUGGUUAGAGUUCACGGGAAGACCAUGAUUGACGAGUUUAAAGAAGAUGAAGAAAUUUCGUCUCAACAAUUGCAAAGUCCGGAACCAACAACGAUUAGCGAAUUGGAUGCAAAUGAUAGUGAGCUAGAGUCAUUGAUCAAUGACACUUUCAAUGAAUGUAGUGUUGUAUUACCACACUUGUUAUUAAAUGAAUUUCUCAAGGAUUACAACACUACACAUAGCAAUCAUUGUUUACCUAGUGAAAGAAACAAUAAUUCGGCUUUGAUCACUUCAACAACAGCUACAAUUGCAACCACCCAGGAAUCAAUUUAUAAAAACAUCAUCAAGAGACUCACUUUGCUAGAGUCGAAUGCAACUUUGUCUCUACUAUACAUCGAAGAACAACUGAAACUACUAAGUACGGCAUUUCUGAAUUUGGAGAAACGGCAAACGGCCAACUUUAACAAUUUGCUAAGAUCAGUGAAUUCCACUUUACUUCAUCAACUUACAGUUUUCAAAGAGUCAUAUCACGAUAUGUAUCUGCAAUACAGUGAGCUUUUCCAUUUACAAGAUCACAAAUAUAAGCAUUUCAUUGCUGAAUCAAAUCAAAGAAUGAAGAAUAUCAGCAGUGAUCUCACUUUCCAAAAACGUUUGUCCUUUUUCAACAGCAUCAUCAUCAUUUGUCUUCUUGUUUAUGUGAUUUUGACAAGAGAGAUCAAUGUUGAAGUUCAAAAUCAAGCGGUGAAGAGACAUAAUAAACUGGAGGAAGCAUUAGUUCCGGAUUUACAUCGACAAAAUAAAGCUUCAGUAUUCAAUCGAAGUCGAAAAGAUAGACCACUGAUAUCUGAUCCUAUAUUGGCCCCUACUAAACCCAUUCAUAAUGAUCAUCAUCCAAAACAUCGGAAAUCCACAUAA